ACACUCUCGGCUCCGGACUCCAGCGCGCGCAGGACUCACGGAGCGACCAGAGCGGCUGCGCGCACCGACCCGAGGACCCGCACCGGGAGACUUUGAGAGGAGUUUGUUGUUGUUGUUGUUGUUGUUUGCUUGUUUGCGAUCACCUGCACCACAGCACCGCGCGGCCCGUGCAGAGACACCGCCCCGGACACGCAGGUGAGCGCGGGGCGUCCGCGGCUCACCGACUGCCUCCGAGCCCGGACUUCUUUUUCCGUUUUACGCACGCGGGACUCUCGGGGGAGUUAUGGCUCUCUGGGGGAACCGGGGAGUCUGAGCCCGAGUCCGAGGACCGGGACGAACCGGACGCCGCCGAUUUGUCCUUAUCUUCAUCCUCUUCCUCCUCCCGCUGCCGCUCCGCGCCGCGCAGGUACGAUGUUCCACCACAGCAGCGGCAAGAAGUGCUUCACCAUCGAGUCGCUGGUCGGGAAGGAGCCGAGCGGCCACCCCGCGGGGGACGAGCUCAUCCGGCCCACCGCGCUCCGGUUCCCGGAGUCCCUGCACCCCGCCGCCGCCGCCGCCGCGGCCGCCGCCGCCGCGGGGGUCUUCGGCUCGUGCUUCCAGGGCAGCGGCGGGAGGACUUUAUACUCGGCCGGGCCGGACAUGUUGCUCCAGGAGCCCGGGACGCACGCGCACAGCCCCGGCGGCGCGCUGCCGCUGCACCCGCUGCAGAUCCCCCCGCCGCAGAGCUUCUUCAGCCCGCAGCACCGGGAGGCGCUGAGCUUCUACCCCUGGGUGCUGCGGAGCCGGUACCUGGGCCACCGCUUCCAAGGAGACGACGGCGGCCCGGAGAACCUCCUCCUGCACGGCCCGUUCUCCAGGAAGCCCAAACGGAUCCGGACCGCCUUCUCCCCGUCUCAGCUGCUGCGCCUGGAGAGGGCCUUCGACAAGAACCACUACGUGGUGGGGGCGGAGCGGAAGCAGCUGGCCAGUGGGCUGUGCCUCACGGAGACACAGGUGAAGGUCUGGUUCCAGAACCGCCGGACGAAGCACAAGCGCCAGAAGCUGGAGGAAGAGUCUCCUGAAGCUCAGAUGAAGAGGAAAGGAAGUCAGCACAUCAACCGCUGGAGAGCAGCCACGCACCAGCCGGGAGGGGGAGGGGGGGAGGAGGUGGACGUGCUCAGUGAGGACUAG